AUGUCCGCCGCCACCGUUCGGCCACUCCCGGGCCGCCACAUGUCCCCGCCGCCGCCGUCCUCCACCGCGCGCGCACCGGCCUGCCAGGCCCAGCCGCGGCCCGCCCGAGCACGUCCAGCCGCGCCGUCGGCCGCGCCUGCCCCCGCCUGCGCCGCCCGGCCGCCGCCGCCCGCGCGCCCGGCGACCCUCACUGCCGCCCGCUCCGCCACCGGUGCCGCCGCCCCGCCGCACGUCCUUCGCCGCCACCGUGCCGUCCACCACCGCCCGGCCUCACCCUCCUCCACCGCGCCAGAUCCGGCGAGAUCCGGCCGGAUCCGGCCUCCCACGGGCUCCGACGAGCUUUUCUCCACUCCGGCCACCGUUCCCCGCAAGUUCGGCGAUGUCUCCGGCGAGAUCCACCGCCGCCUCGUUCUGCGUGCCCGGGUCAACCCUAGAUCCGGAGGUUCUCCAUGGUGA